GUUCUUUUUUCUCUCUGUUUUCCUCAACCUCCAUCCCCUUCUCCUCCACAACUCCUCCAUCUCGUUCAAUCCUCUCUUUGCCCCCUUUGAAACCCUAAAUCCGAAAUGGGGAAGCAAAAUCAAUGCAAUGGAGGAAAGGAAGGAGACAUAGAGACCGGCCAUACCCCCGCCGCUGCCGCAUUGUACCCUAACAUGGCCGAAAACCCCUCUUUUCGCUGGGCUUUUAUCCGUAAGGUCUACUCCAUCAUUUUGAUCCAGCUCCUUCUCACUGUCGCCGUUGCCUCCGCUUUCAUUUUCGUUCGCCCGAUCUCUGUCUUCCUCUUCGCCGGCACCCCUGUUAGCUGGGCUGUUCUCAUCCUCAUCAUCAUCGCGCCUUUAAUCACUAUGUUUCCGAUGUUUUAUUUCCAAGAGCGUCAUCCGAUCAAUGUUUUUUUGCUUGGAUUGUUCACCAUUUUCAUGGCUUGCAGCAUUGGAUUGGCAUGCGCGACCAAGAGCGGGAAAGUGGUUCUUGAAGCUGCAGUGCUAACAAUAGCAGUAGUAGUAGCAAUCACAUUAUACACUUUUUGGGCUGCAAAGAGAGGUUAUGAUUUCAACUUCCUUGGGCCAUUCUUGACUGCUGCAAUACUAAUACUACUCAUAUACUGGGCAAUCCAGAUUUUCUUCCCGUUGGGAAAGAUUGGUCAGACAAUAUACGGAUUCCUGGGUUCAAUCAUAUUUUCCGGCUUUAUCCUCUACGAUACGGAUAACUUGAUCAAGCGAUAUACCUACGACCAGUAUAUCUCUGCUGCCAUUGCUUUGUAUCUAGACAUCAUCAACCUCUUUACAUCCAUCCUCAGCAUCUUCAGCGGCAUGGAUUCAUAAGUAUGUUUAGAAAAGUUUAACCUGUUAAUCUAAUGUAUAUCAUCAGAUUUUAUAGAUGGUUAAAAACAUCUUCUAAGUUCUAACAUCAUCA